UCAAAACACGACCUCGCAGCAGGAAGUAGCCAGCUAGCGGCUAACACAAGCUAACGACCUUCUAUCCAGAACCAGACAAAGUACUACGUUUAUGUCAACUACUUUCUACCGACAAAGACAUGCCACUGAAAGAUCCAUGUCAAAAGCAAGCAUGUGCAAUUCAGCACUGUCUACAAGCGAACAAAUACAAUGAGAGCAAGUGCGAGGAUGUGAUCAGGGAGAUGCGGCGCUGCUGUCAGGCGCAGACUGGAAACUCCAUCUGCUGCUCCGGUUUCAAAGACUCAAAACCUGCGGAGGACAAAAGCAACACGUAGUUCCUCUUUAGGAUGUGUUUGAUGGAAGUAAUGACAAAAAACAAACAUUGUAUCAAUGUUUUAUGACGUGUAUAGCACUGUACACUAUGUAUAUGUAACUGGACUGAAUUGUACAUCAUUUGAAAGAGCAUAAAACUAUACACACGCCACAAA